GAAGAGCGGUUGAACUGGGCGGACUGCAUCCAGUCAGUAAUGAUGGGCCGCAGCAGAACCAGCUGUAGUUUAGGGCUAAACGGUUCGGCUGAAGGAUGAGUUCGUUCGCGGGGCGGAUGCGGGAAUAUCCCACCGUGUCUCUGGACCGGUUCGACCGGGAGAACCUGCACGCGCAGGCGUAUUUCCUCUCGCAUUGCCAUAAAGACCACAUGAAGGGACUGAAGGGGCCCCUGCUGAAGAGGAAACUACAGUUCAGUCGAACUGUCAGACUUUACUGCUCCUUUGUGACCAAAGAGCUGCUGCUAAACAAUCCAAAGUACGCUUUCUGGGAGGAAUAUAUCGUUCCUCUAGAGCUGGAAAGCCCAACUCAGAUUUCCCUGGUGGAUGAAGCGUCUGGAGAGAAAGAAGAGAUCGUGGUGACGCUGCUUCCUGCGGGCCACUGUCCUGGAUCGGUCAUGUACAUUCAGAGUAUUUAUCUGGACUCCACUUUCUACGACCCGCGCUUCUACCAGAUCCCAAGUAGGGAGGUCUGCUUGAAAGGAAUCUCAGAGCUCAUUGGGAACUGGAUCAGCCAGAGUUCCUACCAUGUGGUUUGGCUCAACUGUAAAGCUGCCUAUGGAUACGAAUACCUGUUUACCAACCUGGGAGAUGAGUUUGGCACACAGAUCCAUGUCAACAGCCCGGCCAUGUUCAAGAAGAUGCCAGAGAUCCUGAGCUACGUGACCACCGACCGCAGGACCCAGAUCCACGCCUGCCGGCACCCAAAGGAUGAGGAGUUUUUCCAGGGAAACAGGCUGCCUUGUGGCUGCACGGCGCCUGACGGGACGCCGCUCCGCAUCAUCAGCAUCAAACCGUCCACCAUGUGGUUCGGAGAAAGAACAAAGAAGACCAACGUCAUCAUAAAAACAGGGACCAGUUCGUACAGAGCCUGUUUCAGCUUCCACUCCUCCUACUCAGAGAUCAAAGACUUCCUGUCCUACCUGCAGCCCGUCAACAUCUUUCCGAGCGUCGUCCCGAUUGGACGCACGCUGACCGAGGUCACUCAGAUGUUGAGGCUGAUGUGCAGGAACCAGCCUGAUGGAGCAGCGCCUGUUUAUAAGCCUCUGGGAGUCCUGAAACGGAGCCGAGUUCAGCCGCCGACUUACGAUUCUGGCAGCGAUGAUGACCUGUUUGAAGGUUUGGAUCUGGCUCCAGUCAGGAAGAAGAUGAGCCUAAACCAGGAACUACAAACUGACUUAGAAGCAGCAGUUGAGAGAACAGCGCCCCCGGUGGCCAUGUCUUUACCUCUCCUGGUCUCAGACACGACGUCUGCCACACAGAACUACUUUGACUGCACCGAGUCCAACGGCGAAGAUGAUGACGAGGAGGAAGAGGAGGAGGGAAAAGGAGACCAGAGGAAGGCAGAAGGAGGCAAAGACGCCCCAAAGUGGGAGGAUUUCUUCACGGCAGAGCAGCUGAGCGACAGCCAGAACAGCCAAUCCCAUUCCUGCUGCUCUGCCGCGGCCACCUCCCCCUCCAGAGGGACCGGGUCGCAGACUCCCGACCUGUUCAGCGACGAGGACCGGACACCGGAGAACCUGGAAACCUUCAGCCUGACCCUGUCCACCUCUCUGUCCAAUCAUUCCUCGCAGAACCUGGACGACACCCUGAUCCUCCACCCACAGACGCCGAAUACCAAGACAGACGCUGUCCAAUCAGAACCCGAGGAUCUGCCCAUGUCUCAGGCGUCGUCUGACUUUGACAUCCCCUCCACGCCUGAGUCGAAGGCGCCGCGGCCCGACGACCUGCGAGCGCUGUACAUGAAGCUGGCGUCAGGAGAGGAAUUGGUCAUCAGAGGAGGAAGUGGGAUCAGGAAUGAAGACGAUUAGAUCUGGAUCCGAUCUUUCUAUUAGAGGUCUGAUUAUAUUUUACUGCUCUAACAUGUAAACUCAGGUUAAGUGUGUUUUAAUUUAAUCGUUUCUGUUCAGUGUAAGAACUUCUCUGGGGUUCUGUUCCCCUCAGAUGUUGUUUUUUCUUAUCUCCUCUCUAACCUCCAGACCUCAGACUCUUUCAGUUGCACUUUAACCUCAUUCCCGUCCUUCCUGGACUCCCGCACCUGUUCACUGAACACGCCUACAUUCCGCUCAGCUGCCAUUCUGUGGUUUCCUCCACCGCUUUUAUCGUCAAAGUGGAUCAACUGGUUAAAUUGUUCACCUCAGCUUUUUUGUUUUUUACCUCUAUGUCACAAAAACACAC